CGUGUUGUAUCAAAAAACUUCUCUUGAUAAGAUUUUUUACUGGAAAAAUAUUCCAAGUGUUAUAAUAACUGGAGAAAGCAUCUAUCAAGGGCAAUGUCUGAUAAGCAAGCGCUCACAGAUCUCUUCCAUAAACAAAAUGGAGGCUCAAGGUGAUCUGGCUUUGCACAUCAAAAUUAUAUACUUACUUAUUGCUGGAAAUACGUGCCUUACUGGUAUUCUGUUUGUUACAAGCAGAAAUAGUUGUUUUCACGAUGACCAGACGAUAAAUAUUUACUCAAGGUACGAAGAUAAAUUACGCGGGAAAUCUAACCGUCUGCGGCGUAAUAGUAUGUUCAUAGUCGAUAAUGUGACCAUUGACUACAGAUUUUGCAGGAAAGUAAUCUCGGACUGUGAUCUUAGAACUCCGGUUAUUCCUGGACCUCCUGGAUCUAAAGGGGAAAAGGGAGAGCCAGGGAUCGAUGGUAAAGGAGUAAAAGGGUGUAAGGGAGAAAAGGGGGAAGAGGGUAUACCAGGAUUGCCUGGUAAAAGAGGAGACAACGGUAUACUAGGAGAAAAAGGUGAACCAGGGCUAUCAGGUUUACCAGGUCUAAAAGGAGAUAGAGGCGUCCCAGGCCUUAUGGGUAUACCAGGGUUACCCGGUAUGAAAGGAGAAAAGGGGGAAAAUGGGAGCCCUGGACCUGAGGGACCAAGAGGUUACCCCGGAUAUCCUGGUAAGCAAGGCGACGUAGGACAAAAAGGUGACCCGGGUGCUACCGGUCCAAAAGGAAAAAGAGGCAUCCCUGGUCGAAAAGGAGACGUGGGUUCAAGAGGAAGUAGGGGUUUCCCUGGUAAGAAAGGAGAAAUGGGAGGGACUGGAUCCAAAGGAGACCAAGGGGAUAUAGGUCCUAGGGGUGAAAGGGGUGUUUCCGGUCCUAAGGGUGAGCGUGGAGAUACCGGUGAAAAAGGCGAACGGGGAGAGAAGGGGUCACCUGGAAAAGCCUGGUCUCCAACAUCAAAUGACACGUGUCUCUGUUCCUGCACUUACAUCGCAUCCCCCACAGAGAAUUCUCUUUCAGAGGAAGAAACGACUACUGAUGUUGUGGCAUGCUCACCAUCACCCACAACAACCAGCAGUUCGACAACAACGACAACAAUUCCAACAACAACAACUAGCAGCACAACAACAACAACCGUGGCCACCACCUCAACAACUCUUGUCCCAACGACACCGAAGCCGAGGAAAAGUUAUUGUGUCAUAAAGAAAAUUGGAAUUCCGUUCUUCAAAACGAAGUCUGGGUCGUUGAAGGGAUGUUGGAUGAGAGAUCCUUUAAUGACGUCACAGAAAAUCUGGGUCACAGAGGGAGUGAGUGGACAGUAUCUCACAGAGUAUUCAUCUACAGAGGAAAGCAAGGAAACAUUCAUGUAUAACUUAACUCAGUUUAUGUACCAAGGAACGGACCAUGUAGUGUACAAUGGUACAUUUUGUUACCAUUGGAAAGGUACCCUAAAAAUAGUUUGUUAUGAUCUCCGUUUACGUGCUGUAGUAAUGGCGUUUGACGUGAUCAAUUCAAAUUACGAAGGGGAUACGACUCUGUACAAAGAUAGUAAUUCCUAUUUUGACUUGGAAGCAGAUGACAAUGGCCUGUGGCUUAUAUACACUGAGAAAAAUGACGUGGAUAAUAUAUAUGUUCUUCAUUUUUACCCUGGGACCUUAAGAGAGUACAGACGCAUAAAAGUUCCUGUGAAAGUUCAGGAGUAUGGGAAUGGAUUUAUAUCCUGUGGAAUUCUGUACCUGGUGUCGAGUUCUACAGUUCAGAGAACGACUAUCCAAUCUGCUUACGAUUUAUUCAAAAUGGAGUCUAUAUCAUUAUCUUUAAAUUUUAUUAAUCCUUAUGCAGGAACUUCUAUGAUAAGUUUCUUUUAUGAUAGAAAUCCAAGAAAUUGUAGACUAUUAGGAUGGGACAGCGGGCGCCUGAUUGAUUAUCAAAUACUGUUUCGGUGACAUGUGUAGCAAGAGAUCACUUAACAUAGUCUGUAUGUCUGUCAGUAUGAGACAACAUAUUAUUUGGUAUGAAAACAUCUGCAAAACACCAUAGUACAUGUAACUGACGUUGACAAUUUAUUUGGCUUUUUGACUAUCCUUGUGUAUCCAAUCCUUUGUGAGGGGUGGGAAAAUGGUAUUUAAGGUAGGAUUCUUCUCAUAUUUCUUGUAUUUAAAAAUUGAUGAAAUUUUCACAGAAUCAAAAGGACAAUAUCACUAAGUGAAAGUAUCAGUGAGAUUAAAUUUGACCGUUUAAUAUUAGAGGCAAGG